CAGUACUUCCAGCUUGACUUCUUCAAUGCCCACCACCAAGACCACCUCACACAGUCCUCCCAGCUUCAAUUAUUUGAUCACGACCACCAAGACCCCCUCACAAAGUACUCCCAGCUUCAUUUCUUCGAUCACCAGCACUGAGACCAUCUCACACAGUACUCCCAGCUUGAAUUCUUUGAUCACUGCCACCGAGAUCAUAUCACACACUAUGCCCAGCUUCACUUCUUUGAUCACAAGCACCAAGACUGCAUCCCGCAGUACUCCCAGCUUCACUUCUUCAAUCACCACCACUGAGACUACCUCACACAGUACUCCCAGCUUCACUUCUUCGAUCGCCGCCACUGAGACCCCCUCAGACAGUACUCCAGUUUUUACUUCUAUUGCCACCUCCGAGACAACCUCACACAGUACUGCCGGCUUCACUUCUUUGAUCAGCACCACCGAGACCACCUCACACAGUACUCCCAUGUUCACUUCUUCUGUCGCCACCACGGAGACCACCUCACACAGUACUCCCAGCUUCACUUCUUCGAUCACCACCACUGAGAUCAUCUCACGUAGUACUCCCAGGUACACUUCUUCAAUCAUCACCACCAAGACACCCUCACACAGUACUCCCAGCUUCCCUUCUUCAAUCACGACCACUGAGACCAUAUCACACAGUACUCCCAGCUUGACUUCCGCGAUCACCACCACUGAGACCAUGUCACACAGUAUUCUAGGCUUCACUUCUUCGAUCACCACCACCGAGACCACCUCACACCUUCCUCCCAGGUUCACUUCUUCAAUCCCCAUCACUGAGACCACCUCAUAUAGUGCUCCCAGCUUCACUUCUUCGAUCACCAGCACCGAGACCACCUCACACAGUGCUCCCAGCUUCUCUUCUUCGAUCACCAGCACCGAGACCACCUCACACAAGCAUCUCACACUCUACUCCCGGCUUCAGUUCUUCAAUCGCCACCACCGAGACCACCUCACACAGUACUCCCAGCUUCACUUUUUCGAUCACCACCACCGAGACCACCUCAUACAGUACUCCCGGCUUCGCUUCUUCAAUCACCACCACCGAGACCACCUCACACAGUACUCCCAGCUUCACUUCUUCUAUUGCCACCUCCAACACAACCUCAAGCAGUACUCCUGGCUUCACUUCUUCAAUCGCCACCACCGAGACCACCUCACGCAGUACUCCUGGUUUCACUUCUUCGAUUGUCACCACCGAGACCACCUCACCCCAUACUCCCGGCUUCACGUCUUCAAUCACCACCACCGAGACAAUCCCACAGAGUACUCCCACCUUCACUUCUUUGAUCACCACCAGCGAGAUGACAUCCCACAGUACUCCCAGCUUGACUUUUUCAAUCACCACCACCAAAAGCAUAUCCUACAGUCCUCCCAGCUUCACUUCUUCAAUCACCAGCACAGAGAGCACCUCACACAGUACUCCCCCCUUCACUUCUUCAAUCACCACUAA